AUGGACGACGUCGGUGGCGGCAGCAGUCGCUGCUGCGGUGUUGGUGGCGACGGCAGCUGCUGUUGCAGCUGCCCACCGAACGGCAGUGACAACAUCGGUGAGGACAACAGCUGCAGCGGCGGCGUUGGUGGCGGCGGCAGCUGCUGCUGUUGCUGCUGCAGCGUCCCGGUGGGGAAGAAGGUGGCCGGCUGCUGGAGAAGAGGGACCCCCGACGCCGAGGUAGGGCCCGGCCCGGAGAUGGUGGACAGCGGCAGCGGGGACUGCAGCAGCCCGACGUCGGGUGGCGGCGACGACAGCAGCAGCGUUGGCUGCAGCGGCCCGGCGAUCGCGGCGGAGGCCGCCUGGUGCGUCGGCUGCCACGGCAGCAGCGUCGCUGCCGCCGGCGGCCCGUAG